CUCCACCUGGCAGGAGCACCCAGGCCUGAGCGUGGAGGAACUGGUCCUGGGGACAACAUGGUCUCCGCGGUGGCCCGUGGUGUCCUCACUGCUCUGCUGCUGCUCCUGGGGCCCAUGCCCGUGGUGGCCCACUCCGUGCCCGUGCAGGCCGCCUUCCUGGAGGAUGCGGCGGGUAGCGGGGAGGCCGAGGGCUCAUCGGCCACGUCCCCGAGCCUCCCACCGCCCCGGACCACCCUGAGCCCCACGUCAGUGGGGCCACAGCCCACGCUGCGGGCGGGCCCCGCGCCCCCCAGCAACUUUCUGGACGGGAUCGUGGACUUCUUCCGCCAGUACGUGAUGCUCAUCGCUGUGGUGGGCUCCCUGGCCUUCCUGCUCAUGUUCACCGUCUGCGCGGCCCUCGUCACCCGCCAGAAGCACAAGGCCUCGGCCUACUACCCGUCCUCCUUCCCCAAGAAGAAGUACGUGGACCAGAGGGACCGCGCCGGUGGCCCCCGCGCCUUCAGCGAGGUCCCGGACCGGGCUCCCGACGGCCGGUGCGACGAGGCCCUGGACUCCUCCCAGCAGCUGCAGGCCGACAUCCUGGCUGCCACCCAGAACCUCAGGUCUCCCGCCAGGGCCGGCCCGGGCAGCGGGGAUGGAGCC